AUGUCAUAUCUCUUGAAUCAGUUGAAUGCCAUACGCCAUCUUGCUGAAAUUGAAGCCAUGGCCACGUCGAAGAAAGUCAUAACUAGGGAAGAAUGGGAGAAAAGGCUGAACGAUGUAAAAGUAAGAAAAGAGGAUAUGAAUAAAUUAGUGAUGAAUUUUCUGGUUACCGAGGGUUACGUGGAAGCUGCGGAAAAAUUCAGAUUGGAAUCUGGGACAGAGCCUGACAUAGACCUUGCCACUAUCACGGAUCGCAUGGCAGUUAAGAAGGCAGUACAGUGUGGUAACCUGGAGGAUGCUAUUGAAAAAGUUAAUGAUUUGAAUCCCGAGAUCUUGGAUACAAAUCCACAACUCUUUUUCCAUCUCCAACAGCAAAGGUUAAUAGAGCUAAUUCGGAACGGAAAGGUAGAAGAGGCUUUAGAGUUCGCUCAAGAGGAACUUGCUCCACGGGGAGAGGAAAAUCAAAGCUUUUUAGAAGAAUUGGAGAGGACAGUUGCGCUGCUUGCUUUUGAAGAUGUCACCAACUGCCCUGUUGGCGAGCUGUUAGACAUAUCACAGCGCCUUAAGACUGCUAGUGAGGUGAAUGCUGCUAUUCUUACCAGUCAGAGCCACGAAAAAGAUCCAAAGCUUCCGAGCUUAUUGAAGAUGCUAAUAUGGGCGCAAAAUCAACUUGACGAGAAAGCUGCUUAUCCUCGAAUAAAUGAUUUAUCUACCGGAGCACUUGAAGAUCCUGCUGUUUGA